CCUUCCAUAUUUUAUCCCCAGCAAACUUGAAGCUAAAACGUUGGGAUUUGAGAGAAAAGAAGAUCUAGAGCUUUACUCACAACUACACAUACAAAGAGCAACAUGGCUUGCUGGUCUGCUGAGAAUGCCACAAAAGCCUACCUCAAUACCCUCAAAAUGGGUCAGAAGGCAAACGAGCCAGAUGUGAUCGAGUUCAUUUCAGCCCUAGCAGCAGGCAAUAACGCACAGCUAAUGGUUGUUGCAUGCGCUGGAGCUGCCGACUCCAAAACCCUAGCCCUAGCUGCCGCUGCUCAGCAAACUGGCGGCAGAGUUGUAUGCAUUCUUCGCAGUGACGAAGAAUUACACUUGUCUGAAAAAGUCCUUGGCGUCAACGUUUGUCACAUUGAGUUUGUUAUUGGAGAAGCUCAAAAUCUUCUUUUAAAUUACUACAAGGAGGCGGAUUUCGUGCUCAUCGAUUGCAACCUCAAGAACCACGAGGCAGUUCUUAGAGCGGUACAGGUGGGGAGGAAGCACAACGGAGCUACUGUUGUGGGGCAUAACGCUUUCGGAAAAGGAUCGUGGCGGUCCGGUGGAUCGAGGACUCAGUUUUUGCCUAUCGGAGGAGGGUUGCUAGUUACAAGAAUAGCAGCAGAAAAUGAUACUGCAAAAAUGAUUGGAAAAAAGAGUCAUUGGGUUGUGAGGGUUGAUAAAUGCACCGGUGAAGAGCAUGUGUUUAGGGUUAGAUCAUCGAUUCCACAUGGGAAAGGGAUUUCAGCUUAGGGUUAAUUAAUUAAGAGGAUAAUUAAGGUUUCCUUCUAUUAAUAUUGCUUCUCUAAAAACCAAAUGAAGCAAAUUAGAUUAGAUAUUAUUAGUUAUUUUUGGAGUUUUGAAGGUUCUUAUAUGUAUGUAA